UGAAAGUAUGAAUGGUCUUGAGCUGUCUGCGGGCUGUGAACUGUCUCUGCCCUCCUGUGCAGACGGGGGGCUAUUGUUGAGCACCAAGGCCCCCCAAGUCAGUGCGGUCAGAGUUCAGCUGGAGAUGCAGUCGCUUUGGCGGCAGUUUGACCAGCUGGGCACGGAGAUGAUCGUAACAAAAUCUGGAAGGAGGAUGUUUCCAACAUUCCAGGUGCGGAUCUCUGGGAUGGAUGCCUCCGCCGAAUAUGUUCUGCUCAUGGAUUUUAUCCCUGUUGAUGACAAAAGAUACAGAUAUGCUUUCCACAGCUCGUCCUGGCUGGUGGCGGGACGGGCAGAUGUCGCAGCCCCAAGCAGGAUGCAUUUCCAUCCAGACUCACCUGCGCCUGGAGCCCAGUGGAUGAAGCAGACGGUUUCCUUUGACACUCUCAAACUCACCAACAACCUGCUGGAUGACAAUGGGCAUAUGAUACUGAACUCCAUGCAUCGCUACCAGCCACGCUUUCAUGUGGUGUACGUGGACCCGGCGCCCAAUAGCCAUUUACAUGCGUACAAGAAUUUUAGCUCUUUCUCCUUCCCUGAGACAAAGUUCAUGGCCGUCACUGCUUAUCAGAACCACAGGAUCACACAGCUUAAAAUUGCAAGCAACCCAUUUGCUAAAGGCUUCAGGACUACAGACUCACAAACCUGGGAAGGCAACGGAGGCCCUCUGACCGUGUACUGCCCACCAGAGGGCAGGGCAGAGCAGCCCCCCAAACCUGCACAACAGAGCAGCUGUGGCUCAAAUACUUCAACCAAACAGAAAAGCCCGGCUCCAGCGCUGGUUGAGCAGUGUGAACUGUUCCACCAUGAGGAUGACUUUGUGGGACUGACCAUGGAGAGGAAGGAUGGGAACAGUUUAUUAACACCUUCCUCCUUCCUCUAUUGCGGUGUAUUUCAAUAAUGAAGCAGCUGCAUGCGUUAAGAACGUUUACUAGCAAAACCGGGGUCGACAUAAAAGACACAGGUUACAUUACUGAGCAUGUGCAGCAGAAUAACUCAAAACUAUGGCAAGUCUAUUAGGUGCAACUAGCAUUCAUUAAUGUGAUAUAUCACAUUUAUAAUCCCUCCUACUGGGACUGUACAGGAUCCUCACAAGAGAGCGCUGACCUCUCCUAAAGAACACAAAGAAAAGUGACAUUAUUCUGAUUUUCAUAUGAUGCACGGCAUCCUUCCCUCUUUUAUAUUGUAAAGGUUUGCAGUUUCUUCAUUUUUGGUCUUCAUCACCAAAUUAUGUUAUAAGAAUCCUAUAAAUUAUGAACAAGUACAAUAGUAGCCAUUAUGUAGAUAAUCAAAUGACAGAUGUAAAAUAUUACAGGAUAUACUGUUAUUAACACCAUGGAAUAAAAGCACUGCAAUCAGCUGAAGUGAAAUAGAUUAUAGCAACAAAAAAGUGGCAGCACAGACUUUAAAAACAAUCUGAAUAACAUUAUUAGAAGAACUCGAAAAACAAUCUUACAUGUGAGAACAGAAUGAGACCAAAAUAUACUUGCAUGAAUAAAAAUCAAAUCUUGAUGUGUUGUUAUAAGGUAUAUGUCUAUGUAGUUUUGUUGUCUAAGAUAGUAAAACGAUACCCUGAUAUAUCAGUGCGUGACUUUGGCGAUGUGUAGGUGAUAAAAAGUGAUCAGCAAACGCGAAGCCUACUAAAUGUAACUGUUUAGAUGUGAUUUGAGAGCGUAAUUAAAAAGAGUUAUGUAAAAACUUCAUUUCCCAGGAUGCACUGUUACUACCCAAGAAGCUGAGAAGCCUGAGCACA